CGGUUUCCAAACAGAUCUUGCUUCGUUUCAGAAAUUAUUACGAUUGCAGUUGCAAUCCCUAAUUUAGAAAUCUCGGUGCUCUUUUGAUCAAAUCGGCGAUUUUCACGGCAUGGCUACGGCUGUUGGUGGCGGAAGCGAUGUGGAGGUUGGAUUUGCGAAGCUUCAAGGUGAGGAUUUCGAGUACUAUAUGCAGUCUUACUCCAUUAUACUCGGUCGGAAUUCUAAGAAAGCGACCGUCGACGUUGAUCUCUCAUCCCUCGGCGGUGGGAUGAACAUUUCGCGCAACCACGCUCGGAUCUUCUAUGACUUCACACGACGCCGCUUCUCUCUCGAGGUCCUUGGCAAAAAUGGCUGCCUCGUUGAAGGUGUUCUUCAUCUCCCUGGGAAUCCUAAUGUCAAGCUCGAUUCACAAGACCUUUUGCAGAUUGGUGACAAAGAGUUUUACUUUCUCCUACCGGUUCGGAGCAUUUUAGGCGGGCCAUUGGGACCUAGGCACCACGUCUCAGGGCAAACUAGUGUUGUUCCAUACCAUAAUUAUCAGUCAGGUCCGGGUUCUGGGUCGGGUAAAAAGGGUGUCAAGAGUAGAGAGUUGUAUGAGUACGAUGAUGAAGAUGAUGAUGAAGAUGACGAUGAGGAGGAUAUCAGAGGCAGUGGAAAGAAAACAAGGAGAGAUGGACAUGAAGUUUAUGCUUCCGGAGAGAAGAAGAGAUCAAAGGUAGAUCGUGAAGCUGAUGAUCAACAAUUUUUGCAACUGGAGGAGAAAGAUGUUGUAUCAUCUGUUGCCACUGUGCUUUCCGAUUUGUGUGGUCCGGGAGACUGGAUGCCCAUGGAAAAACUUCAUUCGGUGAUAUUAAAGGAGUAUGGAAACGUAUGGCAUCACAGUCGAGUAAGAAGAUACCUAACACAAGAAGACUGGGCUAUCCCUGAAGCAAAGGGUAAACCAUGAUCCUUCCUGAGCCAGAAGGGUAGCUCGUCCGACAAAAGGAAAAUGGAGGACAAGCCAAGAGAACAGAAGCCCAAAGCCAGCGACAACAAACCUGUUAUGAAUGAAUAGAUUAGAUCUUCUUGUAAUUUCUCUUUACCUUUUCCUGGUAUUUCAGUUGUAAGGAUCAUUUUAAUGAAUUAAGUUUCUUUCCUUUGCAAUUGCCAUUUGCCAAAUGGAUUGGUUUCUUUGGGUUCUUUAUCUACUGAGUUUAGUGGCCAAUUUCUUCGAGUCAAAUCCCAAAUUUCUCAUCAAUAUAUGUCUGACCAUUGA